AUGGCUUCUAAUUUUAAUGAUAUCGUAAAGCAAGGGUAUGUCAAGAUUAGGAGCAGACGUUUGGGCAUUUAUCAGAGAUGUUGGCUAGUCUUCAAGAAAGCAUCCAGCAAAGGGCCCAGAAGAAUGGAGAAAUUUUCAGAUGAGCGUGCUGCAUACUUCAGAUGUUAUCACAAGGUUACAGAACUUAAUCAUGUGAAGAAUAUAUUGCGGUUGCCAAAAGGCACAAGGAAACAUGCUGUAGGGAUAUAUUUUAAUGAUGACACAUCCAGGACUUUUGCUUGUGAAUCAGAACUUGAAGCAGAUGAAUGGUGCAAAGUCCUUCAAAUUGAGUGCCUGGGGACUCAGAUUAAUGAUAUUAGCCUUGGAGAACCUGACCUAUUGGCUUCUGGUGUAGAGAGGGAACAGAAUGAGAGAUUUCAUGUGUAUUUGAUGCCGUCACCUAAUUUAGAUGUGCACGGAGAAUGUACCUUGCAGAUAACAUUUGAAAAUAUCUGUCUUUGGGACAUACAGAAUCCCAGAAUAAAACUCGUAUAUUGGCCUUUAAGUGCCCUCCGGCGAUAUGGACGGGAUGCAACCUGGUUUACAUUUGAAGCUGGAAGGAUGUGUGAUACUGGGGAAGGCCUAUUCAUUUUCCAGACAAGAGAUGGGGAGGCAAUCUAUCAGAAAGUCCACUCAGCUGCCUUGACCAUAGCAGAACAACAUGACCACUUACUGCAGAGUGUGAAAAGCUCCAUGCUCCAGAUGAAAAUGACUGAGAGAGCAGUUUCUCUUGGUACCAUGGUCCCUUUGCCCCGGAGUGCCUAUUGGCAGCACAUCACGCGGCAGCACAGUACCGGACAGCUCUUUGGCUUACAAGAUAGCCCACUGAAGAUCCACAGAACAGAAACCUUUCCUACCUAUCGGUCAGAACAUUGAUAAAAUGGAGCCAAGGACUUUAACAAGCCACGUGUUUCUGUGUUGAGAUAGACUGGUCCAACACCAAGGCUUGCAAUCAAACUGGACAGCAGAUGAAGGGAAGAAAGACUGGAUUAUAACUGCUAGAUUAUUUCUUAAUUUUCAGGAGGAGACUGGCUUGAAAUUAUCACUUGUAAUUUGCAGUGUUUCAUAAUCACAUCUGGAACAAAGAAACUUUCUUUCAGUAUGGGCUUCAUGUAUAGUUAAUAUCUGCUGUUGAUUUGUCCUUUGCUAUCAGUUGUUCAACAUUUAGUUCAUCCAUUUUUGUGUUUUCUUGAAUAAUGUAGUUUACAGUCUAUUUUCUUGUUCCAACACUGACUGUAGCACUUUUCCACUUUUAAGAAUGGUUGCUUAUUUUUAGGAACAGGAAUCAGUUGUCCCUGUCUAUUAAAGUCUGGUUUUGUCUCUGCUAAGCUAUCUAAAGAUAAUUCUUGUGUCUCUAUGUUUAUUACAUGUUCAAGUGCUCAAAUAUGUAUUUCAGAACUUUAGAAAUAAAAUGGCCUUUCCCAUA